AAAGAUAGUAAAUGGAAGUGGUUGUGAAAGAAAUAAUAAACACUAUCAAAAGCCACUUAAUAAAUUAAGGGUUUUCGUGAUAGAAGAUUAUAAAUGAAUAUGCUCUAAUUACAAUGUACUAGUUUUGAAAGGUAAAAGUUUGUGAAUAUGAUUUGAUGUUGAGGAGAAGAGUGUUGAAUUGAAGUGGGAAUUGGGGUUUGACAAUGAGAGGAGGAAAGAAGCAGAGUGUGAAGAAGAGAGAGUGUGAAGAUUGGUGCUUUGUUUGCAAAGAUGGCGGAGACCUAAUUCUGUGCGAGCACCGUCAUUGUUUAAAGGUUUAUCAUCCAACAUGCGUAGACUCCUUCGUAACAUCCGGAGAAUCAUGGACUUGCGAUCGACAUUCCUGUUUGCAAUGCCGCAAGUCCUCCAAAUUUUACUGCUAUUCUUGUCCUAAUGCUGUAUGCGCAGAAUGCAUUGAGCAGGCCGAGUUUGCACUUGUUCAAGGGGAUAAAGGACUGUGCAGUGACUGCUUAGAACUUGUCAUCCUCGUAGAAGAAAAAGAUAAUUUGGACACUGAUAAGGGUAAGAUCGAUUUAACUGAUCGAAAUACAUUUGAAUGCUUGUUUUUGGAGUACUGGGAUAUCAUCAAAGAAGAAGAAGGCUUGAAUUUGGAUGAUGUCUAUACUGCAGAUGCCAAGAUGAGAAAGGGUCAAGUCUUAUCGGGUAGCUUUAAGUCGAAUAAAAUUCGUAGAGGCAAAAAAGACGAUGAUUCGAUACACUCUGAUAGUGGUGUAGAUGAUGCUGAAGAAUUUGAAACAAUUGGCAAAGGCAAGGCAACCAAGGCAGUGGAGUUUUGUGGAUGGGGAUCAAAACAUCUUAUUGAGUUUCUUGGAUCUCUUGGUAAAGAUACAACCAAAAUGUUAUCACAAUAUGAUGUUUAUUCAAUUAUCUCUGAAUAUAUUCGGGGAAACGCUCUUUCUGAUCCAAAAAAUCGGAAGAAGAUCAUUUGUGAUGAAAAGCUAUUUACAGUCUUCAGGAGAAGAUGUCUGAAUAAGAAUAAGAUUUAUAAUCUCCUAGAAGCUCAUUUAAUUGAGUACUUAGAUCAAUCAGAUGAGGAUGACAAUUUGAUAAAAAUUGAAAAGUGCCCAAGUAAUCGGAGUGAGAAAGACUUGGCAAGUCGCAAAAAGCGGAGAAUUGAUGAAACAUUUCAAGACGUGGAAGCUCCUACAGUGAAAGAAAGCUGCUUUGCAUCUGUUGUUUCAGAAAAUAUCAAACUUGUAUACCUGAGGAGAAGCUUGGUGGAGAAGCUCUUAGAUGGUCAAGAAAGUUUUGAAAAGAAGGUUGUUGGAAGUUUCGUGAGAGUCAAAAACGACCCAAGAGAUUGCACGCACAGAAAGCCUCACCAGCUUUCCAGAGUAACAGAUAUAAAGAAAACCGCAACAGCUGGUGACAACAAUGGUGAAAUUAUUCUAAAGAUUUUUAAUGUUCCAACCGAUGUCAGCAUUUCAAUGCUAUCUGAUCUAGAUUUUUGUGAGGAAGAGAUUAGCGAAUUGAGAGAAACAGUGGAGAAGGGCUUACUACCCAAGCUUACUGUUCCAUUAGUGGCGAAGGUAUGAUUUUGAAUCUCAAUUUGUAACUAUUUUGACUUUUGAAAUUGAUUGAAGAUUGGAUUUAUGUAAUGUCUGUAAGAUUGUAAGUAAGGAUGAACGAAAAUUGAGUUUUGAAUACUUUCAAUUUUUUUGGAUUUUGGACACUGCAUGUUUUGGAUGGAAAUGGUGUUUCUAAUUUGUAAAUUUUUAACAUCUUUUACAGAGUAAUAGAGAGAUGGUGGAGAAGUUGAAUUGUUAUUUGAUAAAGUCCCUGAUCUUCUAUAUAUAAAUUAGUUGAGUCUGUUACUUUAGUACAAGUAAUUAUUGCUUAAUUUUUAAUACAAACUGAACCAAAUUACUGUUUAAUUUAUAGUAUUUUUUUGUAAAUUUGCCACAUCUCACAUGUAAUGUAGAUAGAGAAGGUGGAACCUUUAUUGUUAUUUUCCCACCUUCUCCACCAUCAAGAAGUUUUUUUGGGGUGGAGUUGUAUUUGACCUAGUGAAUGGUGUCAUGUUAUGUCUCUUUUGUUUUUUAUAUUUUAGUCUUCUCUGCAGUUGACGGACUAAUCCUAGGCCGGAUAUCCGUCUGUUUAAAAUUCAUCUUUUCAAUGAUUUCGAUCAAACCCCAACCUGUGUUAAAACCCUCUUUUCCAUAAAGAUAAACUUUAUCUUAAACUAACAUUUUUCGGUGUCGGGUUCGUAUUGUUCCCCGAGUACUUAGGUAUUAUGCCAACUUCUUAAUUUCCUGAAUAUAGAAAAAAUAAAAUAUUGAUGUACAUAUAAAAACUGA